AGUGGGACAUUUUAAGCUUCCAUCAGAAUGAAACACCUUCAGAUAGCCAAAUGGAUAAUGAUAGUCACGGGAUUUUGGACGUUCAAAAAGGAAUACUUCACCAAACAACAGCACUUAUUCUACCGCGCCUACGGCAUAAUCAUGCAACUGUACUUCUCCUGCUUCAUCGGCGCCCUUUGCGUCGGGUUAAAAGCCGUCCAAGACAACAUCCAACUAAUCGACGCCAUUGGCCUCUUAAUAUUCUGCUCGGUAAUGCUCAUCAAAAUCAUCAUCUGCCAAAGGAAAAGCGUCCGAAGCAUCAUGAACCGGAUCGUGGAUUUCGACGACGAAAGCGACACCUUAACCGGGAAAUUCCGCGAUAUCUACCUAAAGAAUUCCAGGUACAACGUAAUUUACGGCCUCAGCCUGUUCCUGGUAUCCGCCAUGUGCGGAGUAACGCUGGUCUUCUGCGACGUGGCGAUCUACAGCUACGAUAUGAAACGGGUGAAAUCGGGAGAUCUGAAUUCGAGCGAUGUAAGGCGCCCUUUGCCCUAUCACAUUUGGAGGCCGAUUGACGAGAAGAAGCAUUAUUACCGGGCCUUUUUGCUGGACGUCCUGACGGCGACCAUCGGGUGUACUUACAACACCGCUACUCAGAUUGUGUACUUGAGCAUACUGACCUUUAUUUUGGGCCAGAUCAAAAUCUUGCAGGUCAAAUUCGAACAAAUGGGAGCCGUUUGCUCGCGAUUGGGCAGCGAACAGGAGAGGUUCAUGUAUUUGAGAAGUUUAAUCGUGGAACAUCAAAAUAUUAUAUCUUUCGUUAAGGACUUGGAUGAGAAUAUGAAAUAUCUACUAUUCGUAGAAUUCACAAUAAACCCGCUGCAAAUAACUUGCAAUCUGUACGAAGUACUAGUUUUUAAAGUUGACGGUAUGUUUCUAUUUAGAGUCGUGUUAUUACUUUGCAUGUUAAUACAAAUGUUUACUCUGACGUGGCAUUCAAACGAAAUUCAAGUUCUCGGCAUGGCCAUAUCGCAAUCAGUUUACGAUGGUGAAUGGUACGAUCUAUCCGAGAAAUUCAAGCAGCGCCUAUUGAUUGUAAUGAUGCGAGCGCAAAGGCCUCUAACCUUAGCUGUGGGGCCAUUUUUCAUACUGACAAAUUCGACUGCUGUGACAUCUGUGAAAGCGGCGUAUUCUUACUUAGCCUUAUUGAAUAACAAAAGAGGCGAUUGAAGAAGAUACUAUUUGCUUCUGGAUUAAUUUGCUUUGAUGUAGUUAGUAAUUCGGCAUUAUUAUUAAUCACAAGUUUAAGUAAAUUCUAUAGGCACUUUAAAUUUUCAAGUAUCCACUGCAUUUACUAAAAUAAAUGCGAAAAGUUUAAUAUUUUGUACUAACCGUGGGGAAAAAUGUAGUUUCUUAACAAAUUGCAUUUAUUGACUAAUUGGUUUCUCGACUUAAUUACUGGGUGCAUACAAAUAGCAUACUGAGAAAAGAGUGAAACACCUGCAUUUAUCACGAAAAUUAAUGAUUAUAACAGGACUGUGGACUGUGGGCUCAGAAGCCUUUAGAAUUAAAUGUAGGACCUUUUUUCAUCCUGACAAAUACCACAGCUGUGACUUCUCUGAAAGCAGCUUACUCCUAUCUGGCUUUGCUUAAUAAUUCGAAAAAAUAAAUGGACUAAGAAGAUAUAAAAUUAUUAUAGCACACUGAAGUAAAAAUCUACUAAUGCAAUACAUUUAGAUAAUUUAUUGUCACUAAUUAUUUAUUGAAUAAAGCACCAUAAAAAUUCAAUAUUUAUUCAUUAACUGAAUUAAUGGUUACUGCUUCUUAAUAGUAUUCAAAUCCUCUUAUUACAAUGCCAUUUACAAUACACAUACGAGAAUUAAA